GCGCCCCUGUACCGAGCCUCCUCAUGCUGCUGCCAGGCCCGUAGAUUCUGCCAUGGGCCCCUUUCCGUAACCGAUCACCUCAUGCUGCUUGCCAGGCCCCGUAAUCUGUCAUGGGCCCCUGUACCGCCUCCUCAUGCUGCUGCCAGGUCCAGAGUGGGUGUCAUCGGGGUCCCUGUACGGCCUCUUCCCAUUGCUGCUGUCUCCAUCGCCACACUCUGCCAUGUGGCCACUUUCAGGUCGUUCCUCACACUGCUGUGUUGGGUUCCAAUUUUUGUCAUAGGGUGCUGUAUGGCCCUCCCCAUUGCUGCUGCCUCCACGGCCACACUGUGGCUCCCACACUCUGGUUUGGCCCCGUCCCCCGCCCCGUGACCUCUGCCCAAAUGAGUGAAUUGGUGCGGUGAUUCUAGAUCGACAGCACUCAUCUGCAUGUCAUACUGACUGUCAGUAUUAUUUCUCUUCCCCAGCAGACUCCAAGGGCAUUUAAAUUAAAGGUGUACAGUGUUCUGCACAUAAUAUAA